AUGGUGCCUAAUUUUCCUCUCGCUCGCGAUCUUUCGUCUGCUGCUGCGAGUCAAGUCCCCGCUUCGGAUGAAGAUGGAACUGCACCUAUCGCGCAGCCAGUGGCACGAUGUUUCGCCAUCGUUGAGAUUCUGGGGAAGCAGUACAAGGUAACUGAGGGGGACAGAAUUACAACAGAGAGUAUGAUUGAGAAGAUUCCAGGGGAUGAGAUCACGUUCGACAAAGUCCUCAUGUUAGGAAGCAAAGAGAAGACGCUGCUCGGGCAGCCUUAUCUGGCGGAUGCUUCCGUCAAGGUGAUUGUCGAGCAGCAGACUUUGGCGCCAAAGGUUUACAUCUUCAAGAUGAAACGCAGAAAGAACAUGAAGAGGAUGAAGGGAUUCAGGGCCUCUGUCACUUCCUGCAGGGUUGUGCAGAUCAAUGGCAUGUAA